UGAAAAGGGGAGGCAGGCGGUGGAAGAGACCAGCUCUGUUUCAUGCAGGAAGAAGUUUUCUUUGGUUGAUAUGUUUCUCUCCACUCCUUCUUGAUGGGACAUACGAUGACGAGAGCUUGUUUCGUAUUCUUGCUUUGCCUGGUAUGUCGUAUUCAAACCGAUGUGCAUUUCGAUAAAUCUAGAAGCAUGCAAGGAACAGGAAUGAUGGGACACUUUUCUCUUGUCCUCCAUCUCAAGCAAUCAUUCCGGAUUUCUCUGUCAUUGCGGCUAAGGGGGAAUGGUGUGUGUGACCAAGAAACCUCUUCGUGCCUGGUGAAGGAAGCAGAGCAGGUAGAGUCGGAUGCUUGGGACGGCCGAGUGCACAAACAAGAUCUGGAAGAGCUUGUGGAUAAGGCUGCAAAUUGGAUGUAUGAGGAUCAAAUCAGCGCAAAUGCAAAAGAUGAGCUUUUCCAACACCUUUUCAACGUGCUCAUCGCACUUGCCCACAUGGGCAAAGUUACGUUCUCGGAAACAGUGAGUUUGGCAGAAAGCAUGAAUGAUCUGCGGAGAUUGCACACUGACAACAGCAAGAAUGCACAGCUCUCCUACUGUGCCUUGCUGUCGUCCAUCGCAAACAUGGCGAGGACAACAAAUUCGACAGGAUCGAAUGUCGAUUUCAUGCAGGAUGCACUACGUCUGGUAUCAGACAUCCGUGCAAAGGGUAUGAGCCCAGAGUUUCAAGUUUAUGCCAUCUUAGAGAGUCUGGUGGUCAUCAUUUGCACGAAGCAAG